AGAAAAAAGAAAAAAGAAAACAUCGUGGUAGAAUCUCCGCGUCUUCUUCUUCAGAAGCAAAGUGAGCACAAACCAAACCCUAGCACAGAUUCGAACCAAGAGCAAUCAACUGAGCUUCGAUCACUCGUUCUGAAUUGUUUGAUGAAUCAAUGGGUGCGAGUCGAAAGCUUCAGGGUGAGAUAGAUCGCGUUCUCAAGAAGGUUCAAGAAGGCGUUGAGGUCUUCGAUAGUAUCUGGAACAAGGUUUACGAUACGGACAAUGCAAACCAGAAGGAGAAAUUUGAGGCAGACCUCAAGAAGGAGAUUAAGAAGCUCCAGAGGUAUAGAGACCAAAUCAAGACUUGGAUUCAAUCCAGUGAGAUCAAGGAUAAGAAGGUUAGUGCCUCGUAUGAGCAGGCUCUGGUGGAUGCGCGGAAGCUAAUUGAGCGAGAAAUGGAAAGAUUUAAGAUCUGUGAGAAAGAAACUAAGACCAAAGCUUUCUCCAAAGAAGGCUUGGGUCAGCAGCCUAAGACCGAUCCAAAAGAGAAAGCAAAAUCAGAGUCAAGGGAAUGGCUAAACAAUGUGGUUGGAGAGUUAGAAUCUCAAAUUGAUAGCUUUGAAGCUGAGCUUGAAGGGCUUUCUGUCAAGAAAGGAAAGAACAGGCCACCCAGAUUGACACAUCUAGAGACAUCAAUUACUCGGCACAAGGCUCAUAUAAAGAAAUGUGAAUUCAUUUUGAGGCUGCUAGACAAUGAUGAAUUAAGUCCUGAGGAGGUUAAUGAUGUCAAAGAUUUCUUGGACGACUAUGUAGAGCGUAAUCAGGAGGAUUUUGACGAGUUCGAUGACGUUGAUGAACUAUACAGUUCAUUGCCUUUAGACAGGGUGGAGACUCUAGAAGAUCUUGUUAUGAUUCCCCCUGGUCCUGUUAAGGUGGCACCUGUUCUUAGCUUGAAGACUACAUUGACAGCAUCAGCAUCACAAUCAGCGUCAGCAUCUGCAUCACAAACUUCUGAGCAAGCUGAUGACGCAGCAUCACAGGAUAGCAAUUCUGACAUUGUUGCUAAAACUCCACCUCCUAAAAGUAGUGGGAUUAGUUCUGCUCCAUCAACUCCUGCGGGGAACCAUACUACUCCUGUGUCUGUGAAUGUUGCUGGUCAAUUGCCCGGUGCACCAGCUGCUGCAGUCCUGUCUGGUUCAAUUUCUGUUCGGAAUAUCUUGGAGAAUGUUGCUGUUACCAAUUCUUCACCUACUCACCAGUCUACCCCUACAAAGGAAGAAGAGAUUAAUAACUUCCCUAGCAGAAGACCAUCUCCAUCGCUUUCUGAUGCAGCACUUGUGAGGGGCAGAAACAGCCUGUCAAAUCCAGCAACUUCUGGCAUCACUCUCGGUCCUGGAAGUAUGGUUCCCAACAAUGUGGCCCUUGGUUCAGUCCCUUCAGCCUCAGAAAUAACUAAGAGGAAUAUAUUGGGAGCUGAUGAUAGACUUGGGAGUAGUGGAAUGGUGCAGCCUCUUGUGUCCCCGUUAAGUAAUAGAUUGAUCUUGCCUCAGGUUGCUAAGGCUAAUGAUGGAAUGUCAGCUGACUCUAGUACUGUUAAUGAAGCUGCAGCUGUAUCGGGGAGAGUUUUCUCCCCUUCUGUGGUUCCUGGCAUGCAAUGGAGACCUGGAAGUCCCUUUCAGAAUCAGAACGAUGCAGGGCAGCUUCGUGCAAGAACUGAAAUUGCUCCUGAUCAGAGGGAAAAAUUUCUGCAGAAGUUCCAGCAAGUGCAGCAACAAGGGCCUAGUACCCUUCUUAACAUGCCUUCUCUUGUUGGAGGAAAUCACAAGCAGUUUUCAGCCCAGCAGCAAAAUCCACUUCUGCAGCAGUUUAACACUCAAGGAUCAUCUGUUUCUUCUCAAUCCGGUAUGGUACUUGGAGUCCAGUCCCCGAGUCUCAGUAGUAUUUCUCCUGCCUCAAUACAGCAGCCACCCAAUUCUGCUCAUUCCCCAUCCAGUCAACAGCCAUUGAUUCCGGGUGUUGCUAAAGAUGCAGAUGUUGGCAAUUCUAAGGUUGAGGAACAGCAGCAACAUCAGAAUUAUGCUGAUGAGUCAACAGCGGAAUCUCCUUCUAGCAAUGGGAUUGGCAAGAAUCUUGCAAUUGAAGAUGAUUUGAAAUCAGCAUAUGCUGUAGAUUCACCUGCAGGAGUAUCUGCCUCUCUUCCAGAAUCUGCUCAAACUUCCAGAGAUAUAGAUUUGUCUCCUGGACAACCAUUACAAUCCAAUCAACCUACUGGUAACCUUGGUGUCAUUGGAAGAAGAAAUGGUGCUGAGCUUGGAGCCAUCGGUGAUAGUUUUAGUGGAUCGAGUGUCAAUUCUGGUGGAGUGCGUGAUCAGCUAUAUAAUUUACAAAUGCUCGAGGCAGCACAUCACAAAAUUCCUCUAGCUAAAGACUCAGAACGUCCUAGGACUUAUACUCCUAGGCACCCAACAAUUACACCUCCUACCUAUCCUCAAAUACAGGCACCUAUAGUUAAUAAUCCUGCCUUUUGGGAGAAAGUGGGACAGGAACCAUUCGGCACCGACACCUUGUUCUUCGCAUUUUAUUAUCAACAGAACACAUACCAACAAUAUUUGGCUGCAAGGGAGCUAAAGAAGCAGUCUUGGAGAUACCACCGAAAGUAUCAUACAUGGUUUCAGCGACAUGAAGAACCCAAAGUUGCUACCGAUGAAUUUGAGGAGGGAACAUAUGUGUACUUUGAUUUUCAUAUUGCAAAUGAUGACCUGCAACAUGGAUGGUGUCAAAGAAUCAAGACUGGAUUCACUUUUGAGUAUAAUUAUCUUGAAGAUGAGCUUGUUGUAUAGAUGAUAACAUCUAUAGUAGCAAUGUGUCUUCUUUUGUUAUUAUGUUCCGUUGUCUUGUGCACAUUUAGUUUCAAUGAAUAUUUUCCUAUUAGACUGAUAAGAUAAUUAUUUUAUCUUCCUAUCAAAUGUAAUAUACCAAACUUAAAAGAUGAAAAAAGUCAUUAAUUUAAUUUUGUUUAGUUAGUA